AUGGCCUUCAAUAACUCAUCAGGGACUCAAAUCAUUUUCAUCACCAUCGUUUCCUUCCUUAUCUUAGCUAAAAAUGUAAACUCAACUUCAUUCACAAUCAAUAAUUUUGAGUCAUACCAAAACAUCGUUCAACUCGAAGGCAAUGCCUUCAUUUCAAACGGGUCCGUCUUUCUCACAAAUGUCAUCCCAAAGAGUGCUGGUAGAGCCUCUUACACUGGAGCAGUGCAUCUUUGGGACGCAGAAACCGGCAACCUCGCAGCCUUCACUUCCGUCUUCUCUUUUGUAGUUGCACCAAAUGGCCCCGGACACUUUGGAGAUGGAAUCGCCUUCUUCAUUGCACCAUUCACUUCCAACAUCCCAAAAAAUUCAAGUGGUGGAUAUCUCGGACUAUUCAACGCCGAAACCGCUUUGAAUUCCUACCAAAAUCAAAUUGUUGCUGUUGAAUUCGAUUCAUUCGGAGGGAAUCCUUGGGAUCCUGUUUAUCCCCAUGUUGGCAUUGAUGUGAACUCUAUUGCUUCCGUAACAACAGAGCCGUGGAGUACCGGAAGCAUUUCGAAUGGUUACACUGCAUUUGCUUUUGUGAAUUACGAACCUUUGACGAAAAAUUUAAGCGUUUUUGUACAAUAUCCUGAAAAAUAUGGUGUGAAUGGAAAUUCAAGUAGUGUCUCCUUUGUGAUUGAUUUGAGGACUGUGUUACCUGAAUGGGUUAGAAUUGGAUUUUCUGGAGCCACUGGACAAUUAGUUGAAUUGCACAAGAUUCUUUCUUGGACCUUUAAGUCAAGUUUCUAA